AUGUAAGGGUAUUCCCCUAGAGGUACACACAACAAGUACAUGUACUUUCUAAAAGUGUAGCUAGCUAGCUAUGGAAAGACACAGGUUUCUAGUGUGCUGUGUGCUGGUGUUAACUGUCUAUGAGCUUGGAGGAGCUACUGCAAAUGUUGUCUACAAGUUCGACUCUAAGAAAGAUGUGAACGACACAUUGCAUAUUAUGUUUCGAGUGAUACCUGGAGAUGUAUUCGAUGAAGAUAGUAUUAGCCUGAACUUCACCGUUGAAUCACUCAACCAAGCUGCCUUGAAUAUUCCAACCACUAACAUACCAACACUGAAAAUAAAAAAAAAGAUCGUGGAGAACGAAUACGGGAAUAGCAAUGAGUAUUUAGGCAGUUUUGAUGUGUCUGUUACUGCUCACACUGAUGGAGUGCUAACAGGAGACCUCAGUGCUACACUGUCCUGUGAUCAUGAUCUCUGUAAAGACAGCGACAAUAAUGUAGUGGAAACUGAAGUCGUGAUUGUUCAGGAAACAAAGACUCUUCAUGUGACUGCCACGCCCUCUUAUGAUGUGUCCCAAACUAGUCCUACAGCCAACGUCACUAUCACCCUCUCAAAGGAUCUCGCUACACCUGACGAACUCACUUUAUCAGUAUCACUAAUCAAUGAAGACCCCCAAGGCGAUGAUUACAGCAGUGAACGGGUUCCUGUCCCUAAGGCUGAGAGUAGUUUUCCUGUUGUGUUCACUAACAUACAGUGGGGUGACUACCAACUGACCAUUGGCUGUGGGAACAAUAGUGUGUGCUCUGCUCUGAGUCAGUGGAUAGAUUUCCCUGAACCUGUGUCUGUGGCCGCCCAUCCAUCAUUACCAGAGAUAGGUGCUACAAUCUUUGAUUUGAAGAAAACAGUCGCUGAUUAUAACACUAUUAAGGAUGAUGAUAAAAAUCUUCAGGAAAAGGUUGCUUCUUUGAGUAGCCAUUCUGACUAUCUUACUGACAUGGUUUCUGUGCUAAUAGUGGAAAUAGCCGAACUUAAAGCACUGCAUAAUGUUACCGAUGACCCCUCUCCCACUACAACUCUUACCCCCGUUAUCAUCACUGAAACAGCUGAAGCUACUAUCAGUACCACUGAAACUACGACUACCACUGAGCCUAUUACUACUCCGACGACAACAACCUCUAUAUCUGAUGAUAACAGUACCACCACUAGUGUCGGUGGUGCUAGUGAUGCCGGUGGUGCCGGUGAUGCCCCCUCUCAGACAACACGCUAUAUGGAGUUUGCAGUUGGUGGUUUGAUAGCAGCUCUCGUGUGUGGUCUACUAGGAUACCUCCUCUAUCACUACCGGACCAAGGUGAAGGAGUGGAUUUGCUCUAAGAAAGUUGUUGUGUCCAACCUACCAAUUGCAAGGAAGCUGCGUAGAAAUGCUGGUAGUAGGUACUCCAAGCUUCCCCGGACCAUGCAAGAAGCACUGCAUCAGGACUGAUCAAUUGACUUAUGAUAGCAUCGAUUAUACAUGCAUAAUAAGUUCAUUCUGCUUUAAUAAUAUCUCAGAACACAUAAUUAAUUUUAAUUUUGUCCCAGAUGAAUUGUCUAUUUGUUGCAAAUUACCAUAAAUAUUAAGUUGA